AUGUAUACCUCUGGCAAACCGUUGUUGUCGAGGAGGCCUGGAAGCAUCCAUUUCUCUUAUACGUCGGCAAAAGAGUAUAGCGGCUACUCUCUCGAGUAUCAGAGCGCAGCUAGUCCCGAAUUUCGACGGUCGCUAGAACAAAUUACCGAAGACAACUGCGGCGCAGUAUUUGCAUUUUCCGUGAUCACACUUGUCUUGAUGCUCACCGCUACAGCCUUCGACGAAGAUGGCCCGGGGAGUGCCUUGGAGACUGUCUUUUCCCUGUCUGAAUUCCUCAAAGGCGUCAGAUCAAUAUGUCUAGCCGGUGGGCAAUGGCUUUCAAAAUCGUCUCUGGGUGACUACAUACAGACAAAACCAAUGUUAGUCAGUGACUACGAAGAUAUUCGGGCUGCCCUGGAUCGUUUGCGGGUCCUAUAUGAAGCCGUGGUACAGCAAAUGGAUGAAACGAAGUCCACAACCUACGGAAGGGCAAUUGACCUCCUCGGAGAGUGCCUCCUUCUCUCUCGCGGUAUGUCUCUCAGGUGGCUGAUACUGGUGGGCGAGGAAUUUUUCUGCGAGCUGGAAAAGUCUGAUCCGAUGGGUCUCGUGAUAUUUUUGCAUUGGGCCGCCAUCUUGGAUGCGCUGAAAGACGAGUGGUGGGCGUUGGAUAUAGGAAAGCGGCUUGUUGAGGAAGUGUCGGCUCAAGCGGAUCAACUAGCGGGACCAUGGGCGGAGACAGUACUCUGGGCCAAAAUCCAAGUCGGGCUUGAGAUGCCAACUCGCAAGGGAGCAAGCUGGGGCUCAUCAGCGGAGGGAGCUGAGAACGGCAGACGUCCCCUCCGGCGACAGCUUGGUCACACAGACUAA